ACACACACACAACUUGGCUCCAACUUGGACCUAAAAAAAACCCCGUUGCAUGAACUUGUGCACAUUUGCUGGACUUUUUCUUUUUCUUGUUUAUUAUUUCCGGCCCAACUUUGCCGCUGUGGCCGUUUUCCAGCACUCAGUCCGCACCCGAAAACCGUCGGGGACCUGUGAAGAGCUGAGAAGCUGCGGGAGUGACCUGGAAACUUAAGUCAUCAUGGGCACGCGAAAGGUCAACCUUGAUACCUACAGCCUGUCGCUGCUCACGGCCAAAGAGGACAUCAUCAACCCCCGAUCCUCCACCAACUGGGCGUUAUUUGCAUACGAUGGAGUGACCGACAAGUUAAAACUGGCCGACUCAGGAGCGGGCGGUGUCGCGGAGCUGGUGGACAAGUUUCACGCAGCCAAGCCACAAUAUGGACUGUGCAAAGUGGGAAGCGGGGAGACGGGAGGCCUCCGGAUCGCUAUGAUCAUCUGGGUCGGACAAAACGUGGACGACUACCGCAGGACAGAAUGUGCCAGCCACGUCCCGGCCAUCAAGAGCUUCUUCAAGGAAGCACACGUGUUCAUGAGUGCCGAGAAGGUGGAGGACGUCACGGAGGAGAAGAUACGAGCGGAGCUCGGCAAAGCUCACGGCCAAGACUCUUCGCAGUGGGCGAGGAGGAGCUCCAGGUCCAGCGACAAGGAGGAGAAAGUGGGAACAAACUACAGAAAAACCAACGCUGCAAUGGAAAUGAGACUAAUAAACAGAGACAACUUCUGGGCACGUGCAGAGCGUGAAGAGGAAGCGAGGAAGGAAGAGGACAGGAAACGAGCGGCAGAAGAACGGCGGCGCCUCGAAAAAGAACGAGUGAUGAGGGAACGAAAGGACGAGGAGGAGCGAGACCGAAAGAUGAACGAGAAGCUGCAGAUGAUCGAGGAGCAGAGAAGGAAACAGGCGGAGCAGGAAGAGGAGAUGCGCAGGAAGGAGAAAACAAAAUGGGAGCUGCUGCAGAGGGAGCACGAGGACGACAUGAGGGCCCGCCUGAGAAGGAGCGAGUCCAUAGAGAAAGCAGCAGAGGCAGCAGCGUUAGUGUCCCAGCGCUCCAUGAAUCCCAGGGAAUUCUUCAGACAACUCUCAUCAUCGUCAUCAUCUCAAAGUCCCACCAGCCCUGGCUCCUCCCGCUCUGGCAAACCGCUCCGACGAUACCAGCGCAGCCUGACGGACACAGCGUUCAUCUUCUCUAAGGCAGAAGAGAGAGCGCCACUCUCCCCUCGCAGUCCUCCGCUGGUCUCGCCCUUCUCCCGAAUGCCCCCCUCACCCAUCUACCACACCACGUCCCCCCCCAGAAGCCCCGACUUCCGCCCCGUCACCUCCCCUCAGAGGCCCACAGCCCCCGUGUCCCCGCCGACAUCACCUCUCCGCCCUGCUGCUGCUGCUGCUGCUGCUUCGCUUUCAUCCCUGACCAGUGAGCCCAGGGCUCCGUCACCUACAGAACCGUCCGCACCCCCGGCCUCGCCCAGCCUCUUGGCUUCCUUGUCCCCCGCUUUAGUCGAGGACAUCCAGCCACACCUAGAGGUCCUGCCCGCCUCGCCCCCAAAUACCCCGACUCAGCCAGAGCAACAGACUUUUGACUUUGAGCCUGGUUUAACUCCGCAGGCUCCGACUGCGCCGCUUCCCGACAGACCGCAGCCAAACACAGACCUCGACACAGCCUCUCAUGUGCACACUGAGCUGGUCUCAGACACUGGCUUCAAAGUACAGGCCGCGCUGGUGGAGGAGGAUGAAGAAGAAGAAGAAGAAGAAGAAGAAGUGGAUGUGGAAGAGGAAGCCAAAACACAACCUGAGCCGUGUGUUCGUGUCGCCACAGAACUGGUCCGGACCGAGGCUGAAGAGCAAGAGGAGGAAGGAGAGGAGAAGCAACAUGUAGAGAAGGACGAGGAGGAGGAAGAAGAAGAAGAAGAGGAGGCUUCAAAACAAGAAGAAGUUGAGACUGCGCCACAGGAGGAGCUGGUGCAGGAUCAAGAUGAGGCAACGGCAGAUAGAGAUGAGGAUGAGCAGUCAGAAGAAGACAGUCAGGUGCCCACUGAGCCUGUUGGGCUUUCAGAGAAAGAAGAAGAAGAAGAAGGAGAAGAAGAAGAAGAGUCAGGAGUUACAGAUGCCGAGCCAGCUUUUCAACAAGUGGAACGCGAGAGCGUCGUUCUGUCGGCCAAUGGGAUCGCAAACGGCGAGGACGCGCAGGAGGAGCAGAACGGCAUAGAACGCUCCCUGAGUCCGUCUGACACGGAGCUGAGCUCACCCGAGCUGGCGGUGUGCUACGAGGUUCGCGGCACGCCAGAGAAGGACGAGGUCACGAAGGACAAGGAACAGGACAUCUCGGAAAACGGACAAGAGGAGGUUUUAAUGGAGCAACAAAUGUGCGUCCGCGCUCUCUAUGACUACCAAGCAGAGGACGAGUCUGAGAUCUCCUUUGAACCCGGUGACAUCAUCCGGGACGUGGAGACGGUGGAUAAGGCCUGGUGGAGGGGGUGGGACAAAGAUGGCCGCCAAGGCUUGUUCCCCGCCAAUUACGUGGAAACCAUAUAGAAACACACACACACACACACACACGCGUACACACUCAGGGACACCAUCUCCCCUCACGUCCACGCAUGGUUUUACUUCAAUCCUCCCACUUAAACCUUGUACUCUCUAUUAUGUAGAAAGCAUAAAGGAAAAUGUGACUGUGUUUUGAUGAGGAAAUCACAAUAUUCUCACAAGUAUGCAGAAAUUACCCAGCCUCAUUUUCCUGGAUAAAAAAGCAGAGGCAAUUUUUUUCUUUUCUUUUUUUCUUUUUCUUUUUUUCCCUGGACCAAAAUAACUUAUUUCCUUUUGAGAUACAGAAGGAAUGUUGGUGGGAGAGAUCACAUCCCGAUGACAAAUGAUCACAAACUUGCUUUUCUUGUGAGAAAAACAAACAGAUUCCUUUGUUUUUUGUUGUCGUUGGUGUAUAUUCCUCUUUUUGCUCCACACAUAUAAUAAUAACAAUAAUAAUAAUAAUAAUAAUAAUAAUAAUAAGCAUUCCACUCUUCACACCAUUCGCUCUGUGUGUGUAACAAGAAAUAAUUUACUGCUCUUGACUGGUAUACUCUGUAAUCACGAUUCAUGUAUCAGACAUCAUGUUAUAAUCAUUCUUCCUGCGUUUCCUGAGUUGUUGUAUGUGGAUUUGUUCCUGCGUCUCUAAUUAGAGCAGCAGCAGCAGCAGCAGCAGCAGCAGCAGCAGCAGCAUAAGGACACCGUGUUGACGCCUGUGUUUCAGUGUCAGACCUACGAUGGGCUUCAUUUUGUUCAUAAUGUCCGUCUUUACAUUGUGUGAUUGUCUCAUCGUAAGAGGCUGUGUUGCUACACGGUGAACAUGAAACACUAAUCCUCUGUAACAUUUGAAUCAUAUGCACUGUAUAUAAGAAUGUAUAAAAACAAGAUCAUAGAUCUUCUAUGUUCUGUCUUUUUCCGAACCUUUUUGGCUUUUUACGUGUGUGUAUGCUCGAUCGAUGGAUUUGUACGUUCUUCUUUGUAUUUACCCCAGACUUACAAAAAAUAUAUAGCUUUUACCAACUCUAAA